AUGACGAGGGAGAAUGAUAGAAAGCGGAAGCUAGAGCAGGACCAGGCGGGUCAGAUUGCGACUCCCAAGCGACUGAAGCCUUCCACAGGCGGCGACUCUGCGCGGAAAGAUGAAGCAAGUUCGAGUACACCGUCAGGCAAGCCGCAGAAGCAAGGUGUGAAGAAUGCUCCCAGUGAAGGAGCCGCUGGAGUAGUGACUCCUACAUCUGGUGGAAAGUCGAAGAAGGGUAAAAAAAGGCACUCGAACCAUAGUGGGACGCACGCUGAGACGGAGGAGACACCAACAUCGAAACUCGCACAGCCGAACGCAAAGGAUAACAAUGAUGCUGAAGCAGCUCUCGGCACGGCCAAGAGAUCGAAGAGGAGCAGGAGGAAGUCCAGAGAGACAGGUGAACUGGCUUUGGUCAAGUUCGGUGAUGAACCCACACGAGAAGGCGCCUCUCACUCUGCUGAGCAAAGCAUCACGUCUCUCGCGAAGCAGCAGCGACGAGAAGAGAAGAGAGCAAAACGAAGAGCUGGGAAGGAAGUCAAACUUGGUGUGAGAGAAGACGAAACGUUGACGACACCUAACAAGCAUGGCUGGUACCUGUCGGCUCCCUCUGCAGGCCGCUAUCUUGACCACGACCCGAUCUACGUUCAGGAUGAGCAUGGCGACGAAUGCUUGAUUGCAGCAACAGCUCGCGAAAUCCAGCUGCUGUCUCUAGAGACAUCUUUGGUCAUUCGCUCACACGUCGUACCAAAUGGGAGAAGCAUUGCAUGCUAUUGUUUGAGCAAUAGCGACUCCCAAUCUGUAGAGUUUGCAUACGACAAUGGAGCCAAGGUGCGGUGGAACUGGGUCACUUCUGAGAUGGUAAAGGGUACCUUCCCGGGACAGGAGGUCGUAAUCGCGAUGACUACAGCAACGCUGGCGAACGGCAAUCAUGAGCUCUUCUACAUCACCGAAAAGGACGAUAUCUUCUCCGUUGUUGGCGAACGCAAAGUCCUUCGUAGUUCGGAAAGAAGGCUCACAAGCAUACAGGUCAUGCAUCAAGGUGCCUAUAUUGUUUGUCUGAGCGCUACCGCGAUCGUGCUUGGGGCUAGAAAUAGUACCGAGCCACAUUCAGACUAUACUUGGGUUGAGAUACCAGUCGGAAUGCCGAUACACUGCCUGGACGCGAAAAUCAUUCUAUCCGAACAGAACAAGAAGCAGCGACCGGAGAUGGCGAUAGCCGUCGGAAAUGCGGAAGGCCAGAUUCACCUUUACAACAGCGUCACUUCAGUAUUCAGAAAAUCUCAGCCUGAAUUGGCGCGACCUCGGAUCUUGCACUGGCACCGUGAGCCCGUGUCGGCUGUCAAGUUUUCCAGGGACGGUAACUAUCUGAUCUCUGGAGGAAAGGAGACGGUGCUUGUGAUUUGGCAGCUCGAGACUGGCAAGUACGCCUUCUUACCACAUCUUACAGCUGAGAUCGAAAGGAUCGUUGUCAGCCCAGAAGGUGCGCAGUACGCUUUGCAAAUGGGCGACAACUCGAUCAUGGUACUGAGCACAUCGGAACUGAAGGCUGUUGCGAAUUGUGCCGGUCUACAGCUUCCGCAACUCACGGACGAGAUGACCGCCCAAGGGAUCGAACUCCCUAGAACAACCGCUCUUCUUCACCCCAAGGACCCUUAUCGAUUGCUCCUCUCCGUACCAUCCACACAGCCCAAGACCAUCAAAGACAUCACGACAAGGCCAUUCUUACAAGCUUUCGAUAUUCGCCACUCUCGACAUUUGCUACGACAAGCGCUCACCCGGAACAACGUCACGGAUUUCAAUCUAGGACCAGAGCGGACGCCUAUAGUGCCUCCCGACGUAUCCCAACUAGCUGUUAGUGCUGACGGGCAGUGGCUUGCGACGGUGGACGAAUGGUGGCCUCCCGCAGCGGAUCUGGAACACCAUAUCUCCCGACGUAACGCAUUGGACGAGCACGACGUCAUGGAAGUGAGCGAAGAGCAGGAAAGAAAGCGUGAGGUGUACCUCAAAUUCUGGCGCUGGAACGAAGCCCAACAGAUGUGGACAUUGAGCACGCGUGUAGACGCACCGCAUGCUUUGAGCGCGCACGCACAUUCCGGCUCUGGCGCAGGAAGGGUCCUCAAGCUUGUCGCUGAUCCCAGCGAGAAUUGUUUUGCUACCAUGGGAGAAGACAGCGUGGUGAAGAUCUGGCAGUCAAAGGCACGCACACGCCAGGGAGUUGUCCAUCAGGAAGCGGACGGCACAGACGCAGUCGACUGGACUUGCAAGCGCAGCAUUGCUCUGCCUGUCUCUGCCAGGAUGCCGGAAAGAGCAGAUUCUCCUCUGGAAGACAUUGACGAACGGCCUACUCCUCCGCCUCUUGUCGACGCCUCCUUAGCUUUCUCCCCGGAUGGUUCGAUGCUGGCUUGUGGACAGGUCACCCUGGACGACGAUGCCUUGCCCUUGAUACAUUUCAUCUCACCCCAGACAGGUGCAAUUACGGCCUCCAAAGCUGGGCUCGUGUCGCCGGAGCAAGACCUUAUCGACAUUGCCUUCUUGGAUCGCUUCUUUGUUAGCUUGUCCGUCGGCUCGGUUCGCGUGUGGAACCUCGUGGAUGACAGCCACGUCUAUACGAUUGCGUUGAAUGAUAAGAUCGAGGAACAGGAGGAUGCCAUGUUGGCUGUCAACCAUACCGAUGAUACAUUCGCCUUUGUCUCCUAUGUGAACCCGGAGAGUGCGGAGCCUGCCAGGCCGAAAGUGGAAGUCUACCACCCGAAACAACCCGUAUGCUUGUUCGCGGCCGAAUUCACGACUAUGCCUGCCGCUCUCCUGGCUGGGAACGGGACCAGAGGCUUCACAGUCUUGUUCGAAGACGGGACAAUUCGCGCGGUAUCGUCUACGACCAAUGCGGCUCAUCGCAGCGAGCUUUCACUACCGAAGAAAGAGGAGCUUCUUGCUCUGCCGUCUGCGGAGACUACCUCGGCGCUCGCCGGGAUGCACGAGCAAGAGCACGUGGAAGAGGUAGAACCGCUUGCGCUAGCCGCUGGAGAAUACAUCCGCGAUGCCGCCGUAGUGGAAGAUGAUCGUCAGGUGGUGAGGCCGGAGCAAUUGGCUUUGGUAUCGGACGUUGGAUUGAACUCGUCCAUGCCCGCGUUGACGGAGAUGUUCCAGAAUAUUGUUGGCUUGUAUGCACGCAAGCCACGACAGAAUGCCGUGGCGGAGGCGGAGAGAGAUCUGAUGGAGAUGUAA